GGGCCCUGAGGGCGGCGCAGCUCCGAGGGCGGGGCCGCUCCGCUCUAAGAUGGCGGCGCGGGCCCCACGUGGUGCGCGCUGAGGCGGGCGCGGGGCGGGCGCUGGCGACAUGGCGGCGGCGGGCAGCGAGGGCGGGAGGAGCGACGGAGCGGAGGAGGACGAGGUGGAGGAGCAACUGGUCAUGGUUGAGCUAUCAGGAAUUAUUGAUUCAGACUUCUUAGAAAAAUGUGAAAACAAGUGCAAGAUUUUGGGAAUAGAGACAGAGAGGCCCAUUUUACAAGUGGACAGAUAUGUAUUUGCAGGAGAAUAUGAAGAUGCCUUGGGAACCUGUGUGGUUUUUGAAGAAAACACAGAGCAAGUAGAUGCAGAAGGCAACCAAAAAGUACAGCUGAAAUACAAGUGCCACACAGUGAAGAAGUUGAACAUGACACGCACCCUUCUGACUGAAAAGAAGGAAGGAGAAGAGAAUGUUGGUGGAGUAGAGUGGUUGCAGAUCAAGGACAGAGAUUUUUCCUACAGCAGGCUUAAUAUGAUUUGCAGUUUUCUGCCUGAAAAGGAUGAUUCUGAGGAGUCAGCUCAGGCCCAAGAUAAACUGACUGAAGAGUCAGAGGGAGAGGUGAGUGGCAAAGGCAAUUCUAACAUGAACUGUGACCUGGAAAAGCAGCACACCUUGGAAAUAGAUGCCCCUGUUCCUCUGCCUGACAGCUCUGCUUCUGGGGCAGAGGAAUCUCCUUCUGGAAAUGCUGCCUUAGAGGAUGCACCUCCAUGAUACUAACUCUGAUCUUUUCAGGAUUUCUUCACAGAAUUAAUGGGCCAACUUUUAUAGGCCAUUACAUGGUUUCCACCUUCUCUGAAAAAUGAGUAGUGGAAAAAUAGACAUUGUUCUUGUGCAUGGCUUUUGUGUUUGAAUUAUAGUGGGAAGGGCUUAAGUGUUUUUUAUAAUUACUGACUGGAAAUGUAUGUAUCCCUACCUCAAAACUGGACAAAUGGAAAUGGUUACAUAAUUGAAAGAAACUCCUAGCUUAGAAAAAUGUUGAUGUAUUGUAGAGUUGGAAACAUUUUGUAAAAAGAAAGAAACACCAUUGUUUAAAAUAAAGACCUGAAUUUUUUCAACUAUA